GACAGCGUGAAGAGCAUGGUGACAGAGGGAGUGAAGGCCGGGAGGUGGCAGACCGUCCAGGGCCACAUGAAGUCCGGAGGAUUGAGACCCAGCGAGUGAGUUCAGAACCGGGUAGAAAAAAAGCAAACAUUUCAAUCUCGGCGCAGAAGAAUAAACACACAUUACAAUGCAAAUGUUAUUCUUAGAAAUGUUAUUCUUGCAGCAGCUAUGAUUAGAUGAAUGAAUCAGUUCUGAGUAGAAACAUGGAGAGUCAGGUCAAGUUCAGCAGGGGGAAAAGUGCAGCUCAGGUGUCAAGGUGAGCGUGUGGGCACAGAUCAAGGUGUGAGCACUGGGGAAAUGUGAACUCUCGUCAUCAUGAGAAGAUAACAAUAGUUGCUCGAGCCGCCUCGCACUGACUCAAACCUUCAGCUGACACAGUCGGCCCAGCUGCACAAUGUAGCCUCGUGUAUGAAUCUGCAGGAGAAUAUGAUUUAUUCAUGUGAGGAACCGCACUGCCUGUGUGUACUUUCAAAAAUGCAAUACGGAAAUAGUCUCAUUUUUUUCACACUGACUGAAAUAAUGGCUCAUACCUUGCCAUCCCGCCUUUUAAUUAAGAUUUAGGCUGGAAUGUGAACCGCAUGUUGGUCACUAACUAUAUGUAUCCCACAGGCAUGACGUAUGACAUAAGUUAUAAUCUAUAUUCAGCAUGUUGUAAAUGAGGCAGUUCAUUUUCAGUUCUCCGUGAUUUUUUGCACCGUCCUUUGGCACGUCGUGCCUGUGAUAUUUUUCCUCCACAUCACAUUUACACUCAUCACUACCUCACUCUUCAUUCCCUCCUUCUCUCAUCUUUCUUUUUGCCCCCUGUCUAUAAUUGGAUUCUAUUUUCAGGCUGCUAUAAGUGUCUGUGUCUCUUGUGUUUGUGUUUCACACCCCAUUUUCUGUCUCUCCUCCAUCGUCACCCUCUGCUCUCAUUGUUCCCAUUGCUCUCUCCAUCUCUCUGUCGCUGUGUAAAGCCACCCCUCUCAUUCUCCUUUUCUUAUGUUUUGCCCACAAACUGUUUUAUUUCCGCAAAACCUUUCAUUACACUUUUUAUCCUUUUAUUCGUGACUGUUAAAUAUGAUGGACACUAAAAGCCUUGUGCAAAAUUAUGUUAGGUGAAGUAAUGCAGAGCGGAGUAAACUACAUCUAACUGAUGUGAAUAGCUCUCUCAUGACCUAAUUCUGGUAGUCUGGGUUACACAGCGAUCUGACAGAGGAGGAUAAAUUUGGUGAGUAGAAAAUAUCUAAAAAAGAUGAUACAGGAUACUGUAGAGCCCACAAAACACAGGAAUUAUGUAUGUGUAAGUAAGUGAUGACAUCUAAAUAAAAUGUGUCACACCUUCAUGUCGAUGUGACUACUGAAACAUUUGUAAGAAAGGCAAUGAGCCAAUUUAACAGCAUUUAUAAAGAGGAGGAGUGGAAAAUGAGAGGCUGACAGAGGGAGGGAGUCAUAAUGUAGGACUUGGUUGGCUGUUGGGAUGUCUCUAGAGGUGCAGCAUGUAUUUAAAAGACGAAAAAGACUUAGAGACAGGAAGAGAGGCUAUCAGAGAUGGAAAAAAUUGACUGACGAGUAGAAGAUAUGGGGAUCUCUCAUCAGACCAAAACACCCUCAUCAAGAAGGCCUGGAACCUGCAAAAGCACAACCCACGCUCCUCGACUCAGUCAUGUGGCACAGAAUCGCGCCACACUCGUGCGGACAGUGCACAUCCGACCACUGCCCACGCGAAACACACCCUCACGCAAACAGCAUGCUCAGGCCGCGCAGACACGCAAGGUGCACACACAUCUGACGCAGACGCACAGGGCGAGCUCACAGUCUGUACAUUGCUGCCUGACGCAGCCCUAUGAGCAGUACACGGCACACAGCGAUCAUUCAGGCUGCACCUUCUACUGCUAUUUCUGCUACUGCUGUUACUGCUGCUGCCUCACGUUGCUCUCUUUCUCUCUCCUCCUCCUCCUGUCUCCACCUCCCAACGCUCCUCCCUCUGCCUUCUCCACAUUGUCAUCAUAUAUCACUCUUCCUCAUUCCUCCUCCUCCCCCUCACAAUCAUCAACUUCCUGUUUGGAUGAACUUUCUUGUAUCCAUCCUGACGUCAACCUGACUUCUUCUGCUGUGUCUCCCUACUGCCCUGUGCCACCUUGUCUCAUCUCUGAUGAUUCUUUCCCUCUCUUCUACGUCUCAUCUCCUGACCUCACCACUUCUGACCAACUCACCUCCUGUUGCCAUGCCUCCUCUCCUAAAUCUACUUCUUCAUCUUCCUCUUCCGUGGCCUCUGACUCCUUCCUCCAUCCUCAUCAUCCUAUCCUCUGUCGGCCGUGGCCUUAUUCGCGCUCUCUUUCCUCCCUGCUCCUCUGCCCUCCCAGCUUUGGGGAUCCAGUCUUAUCGUAUGCGUCCACUUUGGAGCACAUCCCCUCCCGGCCUCGGACACUACUGCGCCAGCAGAGUCUUCAGCAGCCUCUCAUCCACCCACCAGGCAGUGGUCUUAGCCAUCCUCCCACCACAUCCCAGAGUUUGGGACAAUUACACACUGCACCUGGACAGCCUGGGGGAGGCGGGGGUGCUGGGAGAGGAGAGGGAGGUGGCAGCAGUGGUGAGGGUGGGGGUGCAGGUACACGAGGCGGCCCCAGGGGUGUACGGGGCAGCCCAUCAGGAUCAGGGGCCUCUCGCAAUAGGGGAGGUGGAGCAGCAGGGCGCUCACGUGGCAAUCCUGGCAGCUGGGAUUUCAUGAUGGACCAGGUGCGGAAUCGCGGCCUGGACGCAAAGUCCUUCCUUGAAGGGAAGCUGGUGGUCCUGGCUUUGGCCAUUGGUGUGGCUGAGCAAGAUGACUUUGCCAAUAUCCCUGACCUGCAGGAAACAGCGCAGGCACCACCAUCAUCCAAUCAGGAGCCCCCUCCUGAGAAGAGGGGCAACAAGCCAGCAAACAGCCCCAAGGGCCAACCCCCUGAUGCUGACGGCCACUCCUCCGUAACUGACCUGGCCAACUCUCUCACUGGAGAUAUGGUGAUGCUGUCUCCAGGUUCAGAGGAUGAUGAAGGGCCUGUCAGUGAGAAGCUGGGCCGGAUCCAGUUCAGCAUAGGGUACAGCUUCCAGAACACGACCCUUACCGUCAAAGUUCUCAGGGGCCAGGAGCUCCCGGCCAAGGACUUCUCCGGCACCUCCGAUCCCUUUGUCAAAAUCUACCUUCUGCCCGACAAAAAGCACAAGCUGGAGACCAAGGUCAAGAGGAAGAACCUCAACCCCCACUGGAACGAAACCUUCCUGUUUGAGGGCUUCCCUUACGAGAAGGUGAGAGAGCGCACUCUAUACCUUCAGGUGUUGGACUACGACCGCUUCAGCAGGAAUGACCCCAUUGGAGAGGUGUCAAUCCCCCUUAACAAGGUGGAACUGGGCCAGAUAAAGACCUUCUGGAAGGAGCUCAAGCCCUGCAGUGAUGGCAGUGGGAGACGAGGAGACCUCCUGUUGUCUCUCUGCUAUAAUCCCACUGCCAACACCAUCACUGUGAACAUCAUCAAAGCGCGCAAUCUUAAAGCCAUGGAUAUCGGGGGCACCUCAGAUCCGUAUGUUAAGGUGUGGCUGAUGCACAAGGACAAGCGUGUAGAGAAGAAGAAGACAGUGACGAUGAAGCGCUGUCUGAACCCCAUCUUCAACGAGUCCUUCCCCUUCGACGUGCCCGCCCAUGUGCUGAGGGAGACCACCAUCAUCAUCACUGUCAUGGACAAAGACAGGCUCAGCCGUAACGACGUUAUCGGCAAGAUCUACCUAUCGUGGAAGAGUGGACCAGCGGAGGUGAAGCACUGGAAAGACAUGCUCGCUCGGCCGCGUACUAACGUCGCCCAGUGGCACGCUCUCAAGGCCUGAUCGCACUGCCCAGUUUCCUCCAUGGCCCCCUCCCGUCUCCUACUCCCCCUCCUCCCUCCCCUCCUCCCAUUCCCGUCCUUAUGCACAAGACUGACUUGCUGCCAGGCUGCGAAACACGGGUACAAUUAGCCAUCUGCUCUCUUAUACCUUUAAACUCUUUUCUUUCAAAAUCUGUAUUCCUCUCCGACUCUUUUCGCUUCUUCUGUUCCCUCUUCUUCAUACAGCCGUGUCUUAGUUUCUGUAUUUCACCACUUUGCCAAUGGUCCCCCUGUUUCUGACUGUCUGUAUGUCUGUCUGUCCUUAUGCACUUUGCCUGUGGAAGUCCGAUAUUCCGUUUUUUUGUCGACCCCUUGGUUCUGAACUGCACUGCAGCCCCUGACCCAUUUAAGGUGCCAGUCCCGUGGGAUCACAGAGAAUCUUAAGUAACGGUUUAAUUUCAUAUAAUCCUAUUACAUGACUAUUCCAGGUACACAAUACAGUAUGUACAAUAUGUACAUAUACCUAUUACUAUAUUAGGAGAAUAGAUUGGCAGAACUCCCCCUAUACACACGACUAAUAUACGGUAUGUUAUCCAUAGCCUGUCUAAUGUUUCUCGUCUCCUGCUCUUCAUUUGUCUUGUCAUUUGUCUCAAGUGUACAAUAUCCUCUCCCUAUUUCAGUCCUUUUACUCAAAAGCGGUUUAAUGUUCAUCUGAAGUUGUGGAAAGCAAUCAAUACUGAGUUUUUGAUGAAACCUGAACUCAAGAUGGAAUUGCUGAUACUGCUGUCUCCUUUCUCCUCUUUUUUCCUCUCUAUGCUCUUCUUUAUCUCUUUUGUCCUUAUUGUUCCCUCUUUCUCUUACUCUGGCACAAUAUUAGUGUAUCCAACCCUUUCUGGACCCCCCACCCCUUGUCGUCUGUGUGCUGUGGGUGCUGUGCUGUAGCUCCAACAAAAAUAGAGAUUAAAAAUAAAAAAAAUAAACGGAACUUUCCGAAACUGGGAAAGCGGGAACACAAUAAACUUAUAAAAUGGAUCGCUCCUGAUUUUUCCAGACAAAAAGCCCUGACAUGGAGAGAGAAAAAAGAAGAUGGAAAAAAACAAAUCCCCCAAUGAUACGAUGAUGUCAUUUUUCACAGCAUCACCAACUGAGGAAACCAAUUGAAAAUCUUCCAAGUUUAAGAUAAAAACAGAAGCAAAAAGUUUGCACUGUUUGUGCACAAGCAGUCGGUUGUGCGUGCACACUUCUGUCUGUUUAUUGAUGCUAUGAAUUCUUUGUGCUGCCCUGUGCUGUUGUGUUGUGCUGAUGGGGGUCGAUCUCCACCAGUUUUGACCUGAUGGUGUGCUGCGUUAAUGUGUGUGUGUGUGUGUGGUGUGCGCGUGUGCGUGUGCGUGUGUGCGUGUGCGUGUGCGUGUGAGUUCACAGGAGCAACACAAUUUAGACAGCAGAAAUCUUCUUCUCUUUUCUCUUUCUCCUCUUGCGCUCUUCUUGCUCUUCUUACUGCCAUUGUUUCCCCCAUCCUCCUUUACUGCCCUGCCUUCUGAACGAGGGCACAGGGAAAUUCUAUCUGCACUUUUUGAAAAUGUAAUAACAAUAAUAAUGACAGUUUUGAUGAUGAUUAUAGUACUGGUGAAAAUUAAGGGAGAAGUAUCUGAAAGGGUGAGCAGCAGUUGGGGAGAGGAGACGUCUGCUCUGUGAUUUCAGGGUUUGGAGAUGAAGUGGAGGAGACAGAGGAUGGAUGUAGGGCUCUCAUCCUCCUUUUUGUUCCUCUGUUUUCCUCAGUGUAGCUGUGUGUGUGUGUGUGUGUGUGUUUGUGUGUGUAAGUCACCUACCAGACUCCUGGUGGCAGGCUGCUAGUGUCUGAAAUGUCGGGCGAGAAUUGAGAGAUCAAGCUCGUCUGCUUGUCACACGGUGGUGGCCAACAACAGUGCUAUUACACAGUGUGUUGAUCAACAGCGAAAGCAGGGUCAGAGCUCUAACCAAGAGUCUGGAUUCUCCUGCGUGAGUCCUUGAUGCUGCACAAUCUGUGCAUAUCUGGAAACAGUGAGACAGAUGUACAUUUUGGUUUUAACGCUGAAAGACAAAUAAGAUAACAAGGCCUUCUCUGAGUUUUUGUUGUUGUUCACAGAAACUACAAACGGCCGUGUAUCACAGAUGGCGGGUGUGAUAUUAGAUGAUGGUCUGAUCUGCCGCUGUGAGAUACCGUAGAAGCAGAUUAGACAUUAUCUCUUCCCUGAGUGCUUGAGAGCACCACAGAGUGUACUGGUAGCUGCCCUGCUUGUCAGGCACAUUCAGCUCAGCUCGAUAUCUCUGUAACGUAAAUAAAACCGUCACAAAGCUGCAACAUGGAUACUGCCAGCCAUUAAGAGCUGCUCACACAGACAUCUACUCUUUAUUAGUGUACACUCUACUGUAACUGUUCUGUGUUUUCACAUUCUUAAAGUCCUGUGAAGCAUAAUCCUGUCAGCUAUUCAGGAUUAGUUUUUUUUUUACUGGAGCAACGUUUUUAUGUCUAAUUGAGCAUCCACUUUUCAAACAUCUCAUGUUUGACUGACUUAGCUAGUGUUAACUUUUGGUUUAUUUCACGUCAUUACCUUUAUCUAACGUCAUUCAUGUCAUGACCGUAAUGUCAUGUCAUGACAUUUGUGUUAUCUCAUGUCCUAGAACAUAUUGGAUACAGGGGGGGAGUGCUUACUGGAAUAGAUAAACAUGAGAAGGACAACUGACCAUAUUUGGACAUGUUUUUAGCCUUGUUGCAAGGACAACCAGAUGACCACACGAUGAGCUGAGGUAAUGCCUGGGUAUAAGGCACUAUGCUUGUAGUAAGAAUUUUCAGAAGUUCUCUGCAGGGACUUCUCAGAUCUUUGUGGAAAUAAAGAUCUUAUUAUUGCACCGUCUCCCUGAAGAUUCUUUGAUUCAACAAAUCGGCCUCAGAAAAUCAACAACACAAGCAAAUAUAAUCAGUUUGUUUUUUAUUUGAAGCAUCACUGCUUCUGUUAAUGCAGCUUAUGUAGUUCCUGCUAACUCUGGCCGCUUAAAAUCCAAUGCCUAAAAUACUGAGGGCCCUGCAUUGGAUUUUAUUUCCUCUUAUCAUGCGAUAACGUGAUAGCAUCUUUUACUUUUGGGCUUGUUUUGAUUUAUGAUAAUGAUAACCUGAUCACCACAAGAAAGAUUGUGUAAUUGUAGUCUAAUCUGCACCAGGUUAGUCCUCGUCUCUCUAUAAGCCGGUCUGGGCAGCACACUGUGUGCUGUGAGUGUGUUCGAGGCAGUGUGUUUUCGUGUGAGACUCGUUGCUGGCUGCUGUGAUGCACUGAUCCAGUCCAGCACCCUUCAGAACAAUUGGCCUGCCGUGGAACAUGGCCCACUGUUUUGACAGCCACUGCCUGCAGUGUCACAGCAUAUUACUAUCCCAUUAGGUGGUCAGAAAGGAGCAAUAUCUGCUUUCUUGGACCUAACUCGCUAUUUGCAGAGGUAAUACUCGCUAAGAAUAAAACAAAACUAUUGGGCGCUCCUAUUAGUAAGCAUGAAGAUGAUGGACAGGGAUAUAGGCUCGUCUGACGAAAUGAGGAAAAUAAUCAGCAGGCGUUGGCUGUGUAAAGCUGCAAAAACCAAACAUAGUUUAAUGUGCAGGUGAUGAGUCAACACAAUACCUCUGACAUUUCCUUUCACCAAGAUUACAUGUAGCUCCAGGAGUGAUAAAUUGCGAUUCUACGAGGGUUUACAAAGCUUAGUCAUCAGUGACCCUGUAAAAUGGGGAAUAUGGCUUUAUUUUUAGUAACAUGAGGCACAGUGUGAUGUCGCUUAUCCUCGAAGGUAGGCUGGAGGGCUGCAGGAUUUUAAAACUUCCUGAGUGCUUUUGAAUACAGACUUCUUAAAUGUGAAUCCAAUGCACAACAACUUAAAUGGGACGGUCAUCAAAUAAUUAGCCAUUGACACUAAGGCAAAGGCAGGAUGUUACUGGAAUAAAUGGAAUAGUGAAAUGCUUUUUUAUGUUGUUUUAUUACCCAUUGUGUUUAGUUAGCAUUGGCUCUACUUCCUCAAUGCUGUGUA